AUGACCCGCAACACCUUCCUCGCGCUCUGGGCUUGCGUCCUCCUCGUCCAUCAUUUGUACAUGUACAAUCAAGGACAUGAUCAAGCAAAGAAUCUCAAGAGGGACUUGGAGGUUUUCCAAAGUGCAAACGCCACUUACACCAGCUUCGAAAGCCGUCCCAUCAACCUCAACCUCAGAAAACGCGCAGACAAAGUCCCCUUGCGCAUCCUCUCCCUCGGUGCCUCAAUCGUCUGGGGCGUCGGCUCAUCCCAAGGAAACAGCUUCCGAAAACCCCUCCGCGACCGCCUCAGAUACGACGGCUGGGAAGUCAACAUGGUCGGCAGCCUCCGCAACGGCCAAAUGCAAGACAACGACGUCCAAGCAACCCCAGGCGACAUAAUAGACCAAGCCCGCCAGGCCUCCAAAUCCUCCCUCAAGUACCUCCCCAACCUCGUCCUCAUCAACAUCGGCACGAACGACUGCAGCCGCAACAUCGACAUCCCCAACGCCGGCGCCCGCCUCCGCCAGCUCCUCGAGGAGCUAUGGAGCCACCCGGGCAUGGACAGAUCCACCGUCGUCCUCUCCACCGUCAUCCCCUCCCACGACGGCAACAUCGAGCCCAACAGGCCGUCCGUCAACGCCCAGUACCGCGCCCUCGUCAAGACUCUCCGCGCCGGCGGCCGCAGCAUCGUCCUCGCCGACAUGGACCCCGAGCCCCCCUCCCCGGCCCACGGCUGGAUCGCCUGGCCGGCGGACAUGUACGACGGCAUCCACCCCAACGACGAAGGUUUCAAGAAGAUGGCUUCAAUCUUCCACCGCGCCAUCACCCGCGCCUGGAACGCGGGGAUGCUGCGGGUCCCCGAGCCCUCCGACGCGGUGGAUAACCCCUCCGCGAACCCGAACUGCGAGAUGUCGUACGGCGACGGGGUCUACGCGGGCGGUCUGACGCAGAAGGGCAGCGGACAGCACGACGGGAUCUACCAGCACGCCAGCACGGCCGCGGGCAGCGUGCUCACGAUCGCGAGCCAGUGGGACCGCGACCAGUUCCGCUUCGCGAAGCUGUUCGGCCGCGGGCGGUCCGAUUUGGUCGCGUGGUGGCUGCGGGACGACGGGACGGCGAUGUACGGGGUGUGGCGGAACACGGGGAACGAGGAGGAGUUGUUCGUCAAGAUUCCGGACAUGAGCGUGCGGAAUAACUGCGGGAUCAACGGGGUUCACUUUGCGGAUAUUAAUGCGGACGGUCUGGAUGAUUUCUUUUGCGUGGGCAAGGAUGGCGCCGUGUAUGCGAGCGUCAACCAGGGCGACGGGACUGCUUCGUCGCCGCCGACGUUUAAGAGUGUGGGCUUGAUCAGGGCGGCGAGGGCGGGGUAUGAUCAGAGCAGAGUGCGGCUGGGGGAUAUCGACGGCGACGGGCGGUGUGAUGUGUGUUAUCUCGAGGCGAACGGGGAUAUCCGGUGUUUCCGUAAUGGUUUGAACGAGGACAAGCCCAGCCUGUGGCAGGACCUCGGCGUGGUUUUCACGGGGAAGGGGAUGGGGGAUCUUGAAGGAGUCAGGUUCUACGACCUCAACGGCGACGGCCGGGACGACUGGCUCUGGGUCGACGACAACGGCGCCACGACAACCUGGACCAACUCGCGCUCCUGCAACAAGAACAAGCUCGCCGUCUGGCGCCAGGGCUUCUGGAGGGGAGCAACAUCCGGCCCGACGCACUACGGCGUCGGCGGCACCGCCCGCCGCUCCAAGAUCCACUUCGCGCGCGUCUACAACUCCCCGCAGGACUUUGGCCUCCUCGGCCGCGCCGACUACGUCUACAUCGAGCACCACAACGAGACCGCCACCGGGGGAGGCGCGCCGCCGCACCGCUUCGAGGUCAAGGCGUGGCGGAACCAGGGCUCCGGCAGCACCAAGCUCGUCGCGGACGGGGACAAGUACUGCAACAUGAAGGGGUACGCCGACGGGCGGGCCGACUACGUGUGGGUGCACUCCAGGGGCGGGAUGACGCUGUACCCGAACCUGGGCCGGACGAGCGUGGCGGACGGGAAGACGUUCUGGGGCAUGUACGAGAGCAACAUCUUCGACCCGGCGAGUUUCGGGCGGUCGCUCGACCGGCGGGACCUGUUCCUCGCGGACUGGGACGGCGACGGGACGUGCGACGUGGUCUGGGUGAACCCAGACGCGCAGAACCGCGUCGAGGUGUGGAUCAACAACUACCCGAAGACCAAGACGUGGUCGUGGACGCACCUGGCGGACCCGGCGCCGCAGCUCUCGUGUCCGGAGAGGCGCGGGCUGGGGUUGUUCGACCUGCCGGUCGCGUUUGCGGAUAUGACGGGGAACGGGAGGGCGGAUUAUCUGUGUAUGGAGAAGGACGGGCGGACGUGGGGGUGGGUGCAUAAUGACGACGGGAGCUGGGAGCGGAUUAACCAGUUCAAGCGUGCUGAGGGUGCUGACCGCGCGAAUCUGCGGUGGGCGGAUGUCAACGGUGAUGGGAGGGAUGAUAUGAUCUGGCUGGACAAGUUCACGGGGGACGGGAGGGUGUAUUACAACUGGGGGCGGGCUGAGGUCGGCGGGAGCCAGUUCGAUUGGAGGCCGAAGGGGGCUUUAUAUCAAGGCGCGGUGGCGGGUGCUUGCGAGUACUUCCCUGAUCUAGAUGGGAAUGGGCGGGCAGAUUUGCAUGCCAUCAAGGGAUCGUGGACGAAUGAGGCCGAGACCUGGUUCAACAUGUGCGGCACGGAGGGCAAGGGCGACGAUGCGGGAGGAGUUGUGAAUCCCGGGUUGCCUGUGCAGCCUGGCGUUUGCAACGCUCGGCGCCGGAGAUGA